AUGGCAAAGUCACCAAAAAAAUUAUCAUGGAUUGAGAUGUUAAAUGAAUCAACGGGAAGAGAUAUAAAAAAAGAAGCAACUCAGAAUAAUUUUAAUGAAACACAAUAUGCACCAAUGGAUAAUUCUGAUAUGGAUUAUAAUGUUCAUCGUUCUUCACUUCGAAUUUCAUCUAUCAACAAAUCAAAGAAAACAAAUAAUAAACAACAACAAAAUACAUUGCCUAAAUACACACUAAAAACAACAUCAUUAUCAUCAUCAAAUAUGUCUUCAACUAUUAAACAACAACCAUUUAGUCCAGUAGCUUAUAAUUCAUUUUCAAAUGAUUUUCAUAAUCACAAUCAUCAUCGAUCCUCAACAACGCCAUGCGACAAUGAAAAAUUAUCAUCAACAUCAAAUAAUAUUGCAGAAAGUUCUUCAACAUCUACAUUAGUAUCAGCAUCGACAACAGCUAGGACAGGAGGAGGUCCAAAAUCUCCAGAAGAUAGACGCCGUUGUGCUGUAUGCAGUGAUGUUGCUUCUGGUUACCAUUAUGGUGUAUGGAGUUGUGAAGGAUGCAAAGCAUUCUUUAAACGAAGUAUCCAAGGUACAAAUGAAUAUAUUUGUCCAGCAACAAAUACAUGUACUAUUGAUAAACAUCGUCGUAAAAGUUGUCAAGCAUGUCGUUUAAGACGAUGUUAUGAAGUUGGUAUGACAAAAGGUACAACACGACGAGAAGGAAAAUAUCGAAGAAAAGCUGUAUCAGUUUGUAAAAUAACAUCAACUUCAAAUGCAGCAGCAAAUAAUACAAAUGUUAAUAAUCAAGAACAUGCAGCAUCAGCUUCAACAACAAAUACACGAACAGCAACUGGAACAUCUUCAGGAUCUCAACCUAUUCAUAAUAGUAAUGCUUUAUCAUCACCACAACCACAAAUUAACAAAACAACAUCAGACUCUACACGUAUUCCAAUCCCAACUGCUGAAUUUCUUUCAAUUCUAUCUCAAGCAUCUCGUCUUAAUUUACUAGCUAAAGUCGAUACAAAUCGUCCAUUAGAUGAUCAAUAUUUUCUUCAAUUACUUGCAAAAGUUUUCGAUCAAGAAUUAGUUGUUCUUAUUAAUUGGGCAAAAUCUAUGCCAGGCUAUACAGAAAGUUUAACACUUGACCAACAAGUAACAAUAAUCGAACAAAGUUGGUUAGAUACAUUAAUUCUCGAUAUAAUCGAACGAUCAUUAGAACGUAAUGAUGAUGUACUUCAAUUUGCACCUGAUUUUAUAAUCCCACGAAAUCGUCAUUUAUCAAGUCCUGUUCUGAAUUUAAUAUGUAUACAUUUAUUUAAUAUACUUCAAGUAUUUAAAGAUCCACAUACAACACAUGAAGAAUUCAUUGCACUUAAAGCUACAAUACUUAUUAAUUCAAUUUCAACAACCAUAGCAUCAACAAAAGCUUUUCGUUUAUUAACAAAUCAAAUUUAUCAAGCACUACAACAUACAUGUGAUGCUAACCCUAGUAUCUAUCAUGAUAAUUAUAUUCGUCAUACGACACUUUUAUUACAAAUACCACAUAUUAAAAUGUUAAGCUCAAAAUUAAUAAGACUGUUUUUACAUAUGCGUAGUAAUGAGUUAUUACCACAAGCUGAUCUGUUGUUAGAAAUGCUUGACGCACAAGAUACAAUGGAUAUAUCAUUUAAUAUGAAUGUAAAUAAUCUCUCAUCACAUACAGAAAAUUGUGCUCCAAAUUCCUUAAUAAAUAAUAAUAUAUCAUCAACAUCAUUUGAAAUUGAUAAUUCAUCCAUAUAUUCAAAUCAAUAUCCAAAUAUGUUAACAAUAGAUAUAGAUAAAGAUAAUAUGCUUCAUUUACCUGGAAAACGUUCGCCCUCAACACCACCUCCUUCAUUUUAUAAACCAAUAUCAGACAAAUCCACAACAGCAAACGAACAUUUUUUUUAA